AUGAUCAACCUUAUAACCAGAAAUAUGGAACGCGUUGUUUUUCCGAUUCACUUCGGAGAAGUCGAAACAAAGGAGAAGCAGGAGCUAACAGAAACCUUGCUUUCGUUGAUAAAAAAAUUCUUUCUAUCAAAAUUGCUCACCUCCUGUUGCACUGAUAAUGCUGCUUCCGUGAUAGGAGCAACAGAUUCGUUGAAAGGAGACGAGCAAUUUCCUUUUUUCAACUCUCACAACGGUUGUGCCGUACCCCAAAUUCAACUGUUUGUGAGAGCUUUAAUCGAUGAUAUUAUCGAGAACCUGCAAACAGAUACAGAAAAUACAGGUUCAGAAAAUGAUGAAGAGGAUCUUGAAUUGUUUCCUAAUAUCUGCCCAGUGGAUAUUGUCCAGCGUCUAAUGGCACUGACCAAGAAAUUGAGAAAAUGUUUCAUUUUUAAGAAAAGUUUCAAGGACUGUGUGGAGACACUACCGCCGUCAUAUUGUAACACUAGGUGGAACUUGACUUUUGUGAAGCCCACGUUUCAACUGCUAAAAUUAUCUAUAAAGGUUUGA